GCACUUGGAUGUGGGUGUGUGGCCCAGGCUGUCCUUAGCCGAGGAGCACAUGGUGGGCCCAUGACAGUAGCGGUUGGAUUUGCCAUGGCAGUCACCAUAGCAGUGUAUGUGUCUGGGGGUGUUUCUGGUGGUCACAUAAACCCAGCCGUUUCAUUAGCCAUGUGUGUGACUGGAAGAUUAAAAUGGACCAAAUUACCAAUUUACAUAUUAGCACAACUCCUGGGAGCAUUCGUUGGAGCAGCAGCUGUCUUUGGGAUUUAUUACGAUGCCUUUAUGGAGUAUAGCAAUGGAACACUUGCAGUUGCAGGACCUAAUGCAACAGCACAUAUCUUUGCAACAUACCCAGCGCCGUAUCUGUCCCUCAUAAAUGGAUUUGCAGAUCAGGUGAUGUCAACAGCUGUUCUUCUUCUGGCUAUAUUUGCUAUUUUUGACACCAGAAAUAACAGCGUACCAAAGGGCCUGGAGCCAGUUGCAGUAGGACUUCUUAUAAUUGUUCUUACUUGCUCCUUGGGAAUGAACAGUGGCUGUGCCAUGAACCCGGCCAGGGAUCUAGGCCCAAGGCUAUUCACAGCCAUUGCAGGAUGGGGGAUGGAAGUAUUCAC